AUGCAGGUCCCAAAUGUAACUGUGGAUGACCUCCAAGCCUUCCAAUCCAACCACUUCCCUGGCCAACAGCUGGCCGUGUUCCCCCUAGAAAAUGACCAGACCACAGACGAUGAUCUCGGACACUACCCAGAUGGAGUGAAACGCACCCUCACAGAUGAGCAAAUUCGGAUCUUCAGACAUAGCGAAAUCCACGCCCUGCUGCGGGAGAGGCAGCUCAAAGAUGACGAGACGCAAUACCAAGCUCGCAUGCAGUCAUCUCGAGAUAGAUCAGAGGGUAAACCGGAGGCCGCACCAGAGAAGCGAGCUCUAGACGCCGAGUCUCAGACCAAGGGUGGCGAUCAGAAGCGGUCACAGUCACGAAAGGGGUCUAAGAGACACGCUCCAGACAAGACUCCUAAGCUGGACUACGGGGACGACUCUGAUCAAACACAAAUGACAAGGCCACCGGUGUCGCAGAUGCCUUACCAAGGUCGCAGGAUUAUUUCCUAUGAUGACUGA